AUGCGCGGAGUGGAACGCUGGAUCAGAACACGCACUCUAAUGAGUCUUCUCUUUGCUUUUGCGGCCGCGUACCAGCCUCACUCUAUAUCGUGCGCACGAGAAGACGUCAAGGUGCUAAAAAGAGUUUUCUUUGGCACGGGGAAGAAAGACGUGCUAAACAUUCCUGUGGCCGAGGCAAUUGCAGAGCUAGGCAGUGCCAAGGCAAACAUGGACACGAUUUAUUUGGUGCUGCUGCGGCACAGGUACACGCUGGAGUGCACUGAGCUGGUCAACAGCGUGAACUGGGCAAAGCUAGCCCUGGACGAGUUUUUGGAGAAGCUCCAGGAGGUCUGCGCGUACAUUGAAGAAGAAAAAAGCGCAGCCAGGAUAGAAGAAGAGCUGCACAGAUACAUGAAAAAACAUGUGGAAGAGGCCGGAGAGGAAAGCCCCCGCUGGAAGGACCGGUUUGUUUCUCUGCUUUUUCUGGACCCUGCGCUGGUCUACGAAAACUACUACAAAAACGCGCUUGAUGCGAAUAUAAUGAACAAAAAGGGCCUUCCAAGACAUGAAAUAUCCGCGCUCUAUAAAGAGUGUGCCGACAGGGUUGCAAGCAUCAUGGAGGUGCGGGCAAGCCUAUUGUACACUAUAGAGAAGGCAGCCGUGCAGUGCAACACCAUGCAUAUGUACCAUGCAAAGCUGUUUGCCGAGGCAGAGCAGGGCCCUCUCCUAUGCAGCCUAUACCAGGAGAUCACAAAGCAUGUUCCAGAGUACUUUCCGGAAGGCUUCCACAAGGUGCUUCACUUCUACAAUGACCUCCUAGCAUCUGCCAGCAUACGCAAGGGAGACACCUCGCUCUUUGCCUGCUUUGCAUGCCAUGAAAGGCCACCGCGUGCAGAGAGGGUUGACACAUUCGGGCUUUGGCAGUUUAUGAACAAUAUCCUGGAAAAAGCAAGCGCGGCUGUAUGGAAACACGCGGAAAAGCUCCUGUGCACAAAGGAAAUAAGCGAAAAGGACAGGCUGCGGCUUACCAAGCAGUGGGCGCGCCGAAUGAAAAAAUACUCCGCGCUGGAAACAAUGCCAGAAAGCAUGCAAGCAGUGCGGAAGUAUAUGGACGCAAAUGCAGAGUGCCCAAACCGGAUUCUGGAUGCACACAAGCACUGCACGCGCAAAAACGACUGCGCAAGGAGUGUACACAGCGAUGUAUUAGGCAUGUAUGCAAAGGGAAAGGCCGACUUUCUAGCCCCUCUCUCGAUUCGCGACGUUCUAAGGCACAUUGCCCCAAAAGGCGCAGAUAUAGACUGGAGCAGGCUUUUGAAAAGGGCGCCCAACCAGGUGUUUGCCGAGACGUGCAAAGGGGCGCAGUAUUGCCGGCUUCUUGUAGGCAAAAGCAGGCGCACAAAGCCGGCGCUUGCUGCGAGCUGCACAGAAGGCACGCCGCCUUGCUCUAUACACAAAUGCCUGGUACUUCCCCAGAAAAAUGCUCUAGAGACAGCAGGCGUAGACUACUUCGGUGUACUGCUGACAUACAGAAACAUUCUGGUUGGGAACGCGGUUUGCAUCAUGGCUGGGCUUUUCUAUGCUGACUGCGCAGAGGUGUUUGGUCCUGCAUCUGCCGAAUCUCUAUACGAAGCUGUGGAGCAAGAGCUGCACACUUUGCACGCGUUCCUUGCUCUGUUUGCGCACAAGCAAGUAGUGGAUGCAGUUUUGCACAGGAGAAGAAUUUCUGAGUGUUUUCAGAAGGAGAGCGCGAAAAUAGAAAAAAUGUACAGGGAAAAAAAGAGCAAAAAACAACAAAGUACACUUUUUUCAGAAAGCCAAAUGUUUGCAGGCGCCCCGCCCGCAGACAAACCAAUUGGAAGUGCCCUUGAGAAGAAGAAAGCUGCAGUGGCCGAGUAUGCGCUAGCGUAUAGCACGAUAGAAGAAAUGCGGCAGAGAAACUAUAGCUCUUUAGUCCCGCUUGGCGACAAGGAGCCCAGCGCUCUAUACCGGCUUCUGCCCCCCUACACAACAGAGUGCUACUAUACUGGCCUGAUCGACUCUCUGCGCAAACGCGGGCAGAGCGGCGCAUACAAAAACAUGGCCUUGGAAACAGUCAGAUACGUGGAAGACUUCAAAGAGAGGGCCCGGGGAGCAGGCGGCUGUGCAGGCGUAAACCAGGAAGAAACAAGCCUGCGAAAAUAUAUCCAAAUGAAAACAGCCAAAAAGAGUUUGCUGCCCUCGAGCUAUGUAGAGGCGUGCAGGGCAAUGGAGCUGUUCUAUUUGGGGCGGGCACCAGACAACUAUGUUUCCAGAGCUGUCUGGGGAAGCCUUUUCCAGUUUUUGGGUGCAGUGCACAGCUUGGGGUACAACUUUGCGGCGGCCUCGCACUAUGUUCAUGCUAAGUAUGCAGAAGCUACAGCCUGGGGCCCACCAAGCGCGCACAUUCAGCACCCUAAUGGCGCCGGGAGCAUGCGAGCGCGCUUUCUGCUGGAGCGCCUUGUGCAGCACAAAGAGCCAGACUUUCGCGACAUAAACUGGCCGCUCAUCAGGGCAGACCUGAAAGCCUGCAUUGGCGAGCUAGAAAAAAGGUGUGCGUGCUUGGAAAAGGAAGAGCCAGAAGAGCCUUGCGCCUUGCAAGACUCCGCCUCCUCGAAACUGCAGGAGGCUUCUGACAACGGGCAUGCAUCCAGAAUGGAGGGCCAGGAGUGCACCAAAAAGCCUUUUCUGCUUGAAAGCAGAGAAGCCGUGCCAAGCCAAAAGUGCUCAAGGAAGGAGAAGCCGAAAAGCAGUAUUAGCCCCCAAAAAGAGAGCUCGACGAUGUGCACAGUGGGCAUGUGCCUGGUGGCUAUUCUUCUGGUGGCGGGUGCAGGCGCUCUGUACGUGGCGUAUACAUAG